AUGACCCGUGACCGUGGUAUCGGAUAUAAGAAUGAUUUGCCAUGGAAACUUCGAAACGAAUAUAAAUACUUCGCUCGCUUAACAACGUCGACCAAAGAUUCAGCCAAGAAAAAUGCUGUUUUGAUGGGACGUAAUACAUGGGUUAGCAUUCCAGAGAAAAAUCGACCUCUACGGAAUAGAAUUAAUAUAGUUAUUAGCUCGCAACUUCGAGCUGAAGAGGUCCCGGAAGGUGUACAUGUAGUAGCAUCUAUACCAGAAGUGAUAGAACUCGUUCAGAGUCCUUUAUUGAAGGAUAUCGUGGAGACUGUAUGGAUUGUUGGUGGAGCACCUGUGUACAAGGGUUUUAUGUCACAUCCACAAUGUGAUCGUAUUUAUUUAACAAAAUUAGAUGCAAACUACGAAUGCGAUGUAUUUUUUCCCGAAAUGUCCGACGAUUUCAAAGAAAUUAGUGAUCCAGAUGUGUCACAAGAGGUACAAGAAGAAAAUGGUUUAAAGUACACUUUUCAUGUCUACCAGAGGAACUAA